CGACUUAGUAGGUGAGAUGGGAGAUGGAGUCACAAACGAGGCUUUAGCAACGGUUAGCUUAAUCCGCCUUUCUGAGGUGUUUGAGAAGAAUCUGUAUUGGGGGGUCAGGAAAAGGAGGUUUGUCUUUUUAAGAUAACCACCGAUAAAAGGCAAAGAGAGGACUUGUGCUGGGAGGUCUGAUGAGGGAGAGACUGGGAAUGUGGUAUAUGAUGAUGGUAAAGCAGAUUAAGAGAGUGGUGUUGCUGAAAUGAACUUUAGUAAAGGUAACGUUGUUUUGAACUGUGAAGGAAGCAAUUAAUGGAAUGCAGUUAUAUGAACAGCCCUUCCGUUGGGGCCGACAAGACCCAAGUUAAGCUCCCCUGUCUGUUAUUUAAUUUGACAUUUACAGAGGAGACACUAAAUCAGUAGAGGAUGGAAAAGGGAGACAGCAGCAGGCCGAUCUCUUUGGGAUUUUUUGCGGAAUGGAGUUUAGCCUUCUGGACUCUUUGCUCCAUCAUCGUACCUGUACUGAUCACCUUGUGGUGGAGCUUUCGGCGAUCGCGGAGGCAAGGGCUGGUGCAGGACAUCUUACGCAAAAGCAAGCAUGAUUGGCAGUAUGUGGACCUGUUUAGCCAGCCCACCUACUGUUGCAUCUGCUCUCAGCAUAUCCUCCAGGGAGCUUUCUGCAACUGCUGUGGGCUGUGUGUGGAUGAAGGUUGCCUGAAGAAGGCUGACCGCCGUUUCUUCUGCAAGGAGAUCAUGAUGAGUGGUGGAGGCGGGGUGUCCAUGACACACCACUGGAUACGAGGCAAUGUUCCACUGUGCAGCUACUGUGUGGUGUGCAAGCAGCAGUGUGGCACUCAACCCAAGCUUUGCGAUUACAGGUGCAUCUGGUGUCAGAAUACCGUUCACGACGAAUGUAUGCAGAAUUCUUUAAAGAAUGAGACCUGUGAACUGGGAGAAUUUUGCAACUUAAUUAUCCCACCAUAUUACUUGUUCAGCAUCAGUCAGAUGCGUAAAGACAAAAAAACGGACUAUAGCAAGUUAGCUUCCCCUUACAGAAAAGAUUGGACUCCAUUGCUAAUCCUGGCUAAUACUCGGAGCGGCAACAAUAUGGGCGAAACAUUGCUGGGACAAUUUAAGAUCUUGCUAAACCCAGUUCAGAUUUUUGAUCUAACCAAAACAACCCCUGCAAAGGCACUCCAGCUCUGCUCCUGGCUGCCUUUCAAUGCCGCUCGUGUCCUCGUCUGUGGUGGGGAUGGCACCGUGGGCUGGGUCUUGGAUGCCAUUGAUGACAUGAAGAUCAAGGGGCAAGAGCAGUAUGUCCCACAGGUUGCGAUCUUGCCCCUGGGAACGGGCAAUGACCUGUCUAAUACCCUGGGCUGGGGUGCUGGCUAUGCCGGAGAGGUCCCCGUGGAGCAAAUCCUACGCAAUGUCAUGGAGGCUGAUGGAGGCAAGCUGGACAGGUGGAAAGUCCAGGUAACAAAUAAAGGAUACUACAAUUUAAGAAAGCAAAAGGUCUUCACAAUGAACAACUAUUUUUCUAUAGGGCCAGAUGCUCUUAUGGCUCUGAAUUUUCAUGCACAUCGUGAGAAGUCUCCCUCUCUGUUUUCCAGUAGGAUUAUUAACAAGGCAGUUUAUUUUUUCUAUGGAACCAAAGAUUGUUUAGUGCAGGAAUGUAAGGAUUUGAACAAAAAGAUUGAGCUAGAAUUGGAUGGAGAGAGACUCAACCUGCCUAAUUUGGAAGGGAUCAUCGUUCUGAAUAUCGGCUACUGGGGAGGUGGCUGUAGGCUAUGGGAAGGCAUGGGAGAUGAGCUUUAUCCUCUGGCAAGGCAUGAUGAUGGCUUGCUGGAAGUUGUUGGUGUCAACGGCUCUUUCCACUGCGCACAGAUUCAAGUGAAGUUAGCAAAUCCUGUCCGGCUGGGGCAGGCCCAUACCGUGAGGCUGAUUCUGAAGCAUUCCAAGAUGCCAAUGCAAGUGGAUGGAGAGCCCUGGGCACAGGGGCCUUGUACCGUCACCAUAACGCAUAAGACCCACGCGCUGAUGCUGUCCCACUCAGGUGAACAGACGGAUGAUGAAGUGUCCAGCGUCUCUGAACAGGAGCUGGCCAAGGACCAGACGGAGGAAGACACAUGGGACUCGGCCAGGUUUUGACGUGGGCAGUGGUGAAUGCAGCUUGGUUCUUGCUGAAGAGCUUUAGCUGUAGCUAUUCCGUCUCAAGUAAGCCUCUAAAUGCCAUACCAUCAGCAUAGGAGUAACACAAGCCAUGCUUCUAGGGAUUAAAGAAACCUAACCCAGGCUUAAAUUCAGCAAGCACCUUUGCUUUGGUCUGUAGUAUUAAAGUGGGGAGGGCAAACCUUCAUGGUAACUUAUUCUCGGUGCUCUGCAGGUUAUAUGCCUCUUCAGAUCUUAGAGCUUGUUGGGCUUAGUUCUGUGGAACAGCUGCCAUUAUUUGUAAUGGCAGAGAUCUAAUUUUGAGGAGUAUGUAACAAUAGGCUAUCCUUUGUGCAUAGUAUGGUCUUGGUGCUUGGUCUCCUGGCAUGGCUAAGAGACUGGAAGAGCCUCCUCGGCUGAUACACUCUUUCCUUGUCUCCCUACUGAUUUUUAGACCACUGUUAUAGUUGCACUGGGAUUAACAUGGUUAAUCCUGGAAAAAAUCUAAGGCAGGUUGGCAAUUUGUACUCACUCCAUAGUAGGAUCACCAGUUUUGCAUUUUGCACAACUAGAUCUCACAGCCAGUUAAAAACAAUUGCAUGUCACAGAGGUUUUAUAUAUUAAGCUUCUUAAUAGUGGGCAAGCAAGUCUACCACCAGAUGUUGAAUUUCUCACAAGUCUCAAGGCCUAAUCAUUUAUGCAUGCAAUACAGUAUUCGCAGCAGAUGAGUGGGUAGACCUUGCUUCCUGAAUAACUCAUAAGAGGGUAAAAAUAAUGAGCUUGAUCUUAGAAAUCAGUUUUCAGCUUUUACCACUAUGGGAGACCACAGUUCUAGGUAUUGCAAGUAAAAUUAUCUAACACAACACAAGUGCAAUAUAUUGACAACUUCCAUAGUGAUCAUCAUAUUAUUUCUUGAAAAUAUUUGCUGAUGACAGUUUGCAAAAUGUAGUAACUGCUGGCUGCCAGGCCCUGUAGCGGGAAACUUAUUAAACCUCAGAGAAUUCCUAAACUAUUUGUCACACUCCGGUUUCGUCUGGAUAAGUUGAACGAAGACCCCAAACAACAAAUGGUGACACGUUACCAGAGAUUAACGGGGUAAAAGAAGGAGCUGUGUGCACAAACCCCAUAGAAAUUAACAGGGGCCACGCAAAGACAUAAUUCUUGCCUUGUUCCAGUGGGGCUUGUGCUGGGGUCAUUCCUUCCCCAGUGCGCCCCUUAGUCUUAACACUGGAUUAUUCAUGUCACUUCAGGAAAGAUUCCCACGUCCCUCGUGUGCGUGCUCUCUUUGUCAGUGUGUGUCUGGAAGAGAGUCACUCUAGUAAUCUAUGUAACCUGCAUUAGCAGGGUUUUUCCGUAUUCAGUAAAGGUUGCUUUACUUAUACGAAUUAAGGAAAACGUCUCUCAGGUUUUUGUUAGGUUGGACCAGUGUCAACAUUGACAAUAUAAUCUAAUAGUCUUGUGUCAAUGCUCAUGUAGUAGCCACUGGAAGCUUGUUUUGUUGUUUCACGCAGCAAAUUCGAUAGCGUUGGCAAAUCAAGUAUUGUUUGUCUGAAGGCAGCACUCUCCCUUGUGAAACCACUUUCAGUUUAGAUUUGGACUACUUACGGAGAAGGCUAUGAACUGCUAGGGUCAUGCAUUAGGACUGAAUUGGCAGUCGUCCUUUUCAAGCAACAUACGCUGAGGAGUGUGGAAGGCAUCAUAAAGGCAGAGCAGAAAUGAGCCUGCAAGCCCUACCCAUUCACGACUGCCAAAACACACGUGGACUUUGGCCCUGUGACUGGAAAUGUUAGGGACAGUGGCAUUCCUGAUCACAGGGAAGGAACCUGCACAUACGCUUUGUGCACACA